AUGAAAAAGGUCUUGUUGAUGGGGAAGGGUGGUGCUGGAAAGACUUCCAUGCGGUCUAUAAUCUUUGAGAACAAUGUCGCUCGAAAAACUCGUGAAUUGGGACCAACAAUCAGCAUUGAGAGCUCGGAUGUCCAGUUCCUUGGUAAUCUGUCACUGAACCUAUGGGAUUGCGGCGGCCAGGAUGCUUUCUUCAACAACUACUUGACGACCCACAAUCACCAAAUCUUCAAAGGCGUCGAAGUGCUGAUAUAUGUGUUUGACGUGAUCAGUGCUGAGCUCGAUAAGGAUAUCCACUAUUAUCAGUCAUGUCUCGAGUCUAUCUUGACCUAUUCGCCAAACGCCAAAGUCUUUUGCUUGAUACACAAGAUGGAUUUGAUCCAAGAGGAUAGCAGGAACAAGGUCUUUUUUGAUCACAAAAAGGAGUUACAAGUUCGAUCAGAGCCGAUUCAAAUUGAAGCUUUUCAGACAUCGAUUUGGGAUGAGACACUUUAUGCGGCAUGGGCGCAUAUCAUUCAUUGUUUGAUACCGAACAUCCGAGCACUGGAGACGAAUCUCAACAACUUUUGUCGAAUUUGCUGUGCAGAUGAAGUUGUGCUCUUUGAACGAACCACCUUCCUGGUAAUCGCCAAUGCUGCCACAGUACAUCAUCCGGAUAUACAUCGAUUUGAAAAGAUAAGCAAUAUCAUCAAGCAAUUCAACCUGAAUGCCAGGCAGCAAUCACAUUCCAAGACCAUGGUGAUACGAGGCAGCACAUUUACAGCCUACAUUGACACGCUUACUCGCAACACGUGCGUCAUGAUGAUUAUCUCGGAUCCCUCAAUAACACCUGCUGCAACACAAAUGAAUAUUGCUGCUGCUCGGCCGCAUUUCGAGCGACUGGAAUCUGUACACCACAACAAAGCAGCCUAA